AUGUCUAUAAAGGGACAUAAAUCAUCAGACCUGAAGUUCAAUAGUACUCAAGUUCCCUACUAUAAGGAAUUAGUGACAAGGUUAGGAGUGGAUUUUUUCCCUACCUCGACCAUUUACAAAACUCUUGACCUUUCCAACAACAGAUUUCAAGGAGAGAUAACAGAAUUGAUUGGAGACCUCACUGCACUUAUGAUUCUAAACUUGUCUCGAAAUGACUUAACAGGCCAAAUCCCAUCAAUGAUUGGAAACAUUGCAGAGCUUGAAUCAUUGGAUCUCUCAGGUAACAGGCUCCAUGGGCUGAUUCCUCGGAAACUUACUAGUCUUACAUUUCUUUCAUAUCUGAACCUCUCCCAAAAUCUUCUCGAUGGACCUAUUCCACAAGGCAACCAAUUUGAGACAUUUACAAAUGAUUGUUACAUUGAGAAUUCAGGAUUAUGUGGACUUCCUUUAUCAAAGAAAUGUAGAUAUGUCGUUGAGGAAAUUGUGUGCGGAACGGUAAUUGGAAUUAUUGUACCAUCUGAAAUUUGA